UUAAUAUCUAUGUCAUCUGACUAAUAAGGAGAUUAGAAGCCCUUAAUGUAACCAUUUUCGGUCUUGGAACCUGAGGACAAGAAGGAAUCAACCUACAACAGUUCUAAAUUUGAAGGGUACGAAUCAUUUAUACGAAUUCUUUAGUAAAUGUGUCGAUCCUAGGUUGAUGACAUUUUGCAUCACUAAUUUUGUAAUCAAUGUUGGUAUUUCACAAAUCGCUCCUUUUUAUCCUGGAUUGGCUGCAGACAAGGCUGGUCUGUCAUACUCUUAAAUAGGAUUGGUGUUUAGUAUCAAUCCACUGGGCUCUAUUCUGUUUAGUUUUGUUAUAGGAAGUUUUAUCCAAGUUUGGGGUAUAGUUUAAAUAUUAAAUUAGGUCGAAAGAAAUGUUUAAUGAUAGCUCUUGUAGUGCAAUCAUCUGUCUAAAUCCUUUUCGGAUGCCUCAAUUUCAUGACAGACAAUAAAGCCUUAUUCUUUUCAAUGUCCCUCAUAUCCAGAUUUUUCUAAGGUAUGAGUCGAUCUGUCUAUUCCACUGUGACAUUUGCUUAUGUACCAAUAUUUUGGCCAGGAGAAUUUUAGAAAAAGUUGGCAAUUAUGGAAACAAUGACUGCGUAAAGAUAUUUAUAAAUCUAUAUAGAUUGGGAUUAUUGUUUGGACCUAUGAUAGGCAGUGUUUUGAACUAUGCAUUCGGAUAUUCCAUCCCAUUUUUCGUUAUUGCCAUUUUUUUCCUUUGUGCUGAAAUUCCUACUUAUACCCAGUUACCUCCUGAUAGCACUAUGAAGAGUUUUGAAAAAAAGAAGAAACUCCCUAUUGGAAAAGCAUUUACUUCAAUCAAGGUCAUAGUAACAAUAAUGAAUGUCAUGUCCAUCACAGCAGGUUACACUUACUUCAAUCCAUUCUUUGUUAAUCACAUGCAAUCCUUUGGAAUUUCUGAAAAUAUUGCUGCCUUCAUCCUAACAAUUCCUGCUAUUUUCUAUAUUGGUAUGGUUAACAUUAUCCCCAAAAUUGGAAAAUACGUUAAGAAGACUUUCAUGAUGUCAUUGGCUUUGGUGGUAUGCUUUAGUGGAAAUAUGUUGGAAGCUCCAUUUUGGGGAGAAGGUAAUACACUAGCAAGUGUUAUUAUUGGAUUGAUAUUGGUUGGUGUUUCGCAAUCAUUCUCAAUGAUUCCCAGUAUUCCACAAAUAAGUGAGUUUUUAGCUCCAGUUGUGACAGAUCCAUAAUUCAAGUAUAAUUUGGCAUUUAUAUCUUAGAAAUAACUUAACUGAUAUGGCAUCUGCCCUGUUUAUCAUGUCAAUGGGUUGUGGUUCUUUGGUAGGCCCAUUGUUGGGAGGAUCGGUGUAUGACGGAUUUGGUGGUAAUGUCAAUCUCAGUGGCUCACCACCUCAAGAGUUGAUCGAUUAAGAAAGGGAAGCCUUCAGAGGAGCUAUGAUUUGCUUAGGAUUGUGGUAAUUGAUUGCAGCAACAUUGUUCUUCUUCUUCGGAGAUGGAUACAAGGGCUGGAGUGAUUGUUGCAGAACUUGUUCUACUGGAUAAUAACCACCUUAAGAUGAGGGACAACAGUUGACUAAACCCUUAAAUGAUGACACCUCAGAUGAUGUGAUGAGUGAUAAUGAUACGUUGUCUUCAGAAGCAUCUGUAGGAAAUGAUAAUGAUUUGUUAUAAGGACCUCCAAAAAAAACAAUAACAAUAAGAAAAGAAGCUUUAUGAAUUUG